AUGGAGUGGCUCGGCCUAUGGAGGAUCGUGAGAGCAAUAUUCAACAUGAUCCUAGACGUGGCUGGAUUCUGGCGAGAUAAGCUGCUAUCCUGGUGGCACUCGAAAUCGCCACGAGACAGGCUCUUCCACACGCUAUCCAACGCGCAAAGCUAUGAGGAAUGGGAAGAGGCAGCAUUCGAGCUCGACGAGCUCCUCAGUAAAGACCUCUGGCGCCAGAACCCCGUUAGCCGCCACUAUGAUUACCGACUUAUACUUGGCCGAUUGGAAGCGCUGAUGAGUGCCCGCGAGUCAGAGGAUAUCCUCACACUUGUCAAUCUCCUGCGGUCAGGGCUUGUGCGGAAUCUAGGCAAUAUUACAUCGACGAAAUUGUUCACGCACGCAUACGCAGGGACCAAAUUGCUUAUCGAUGACUAUAUCACGCAGGUUGCGCUCUCAAUCCAGUACGUGACGGGUGUUCAGCCCACGCAUGCGAGUGGGUUUACCUCACAGGCGAAGCUUGAGUUGUUGCAUGAUACGCGGCAGGCAUUUGGGCGUACGACGCUGUUGCUUCAGGGUGGAUCUGCGUUCGGGCUUUGUCAUUUGGGUGUCGUGAAGGCAUUGCAUUUGCAGGGUCUGCUGCCGCGUAUCGUGACCGGGACUGCGGCCGGGGCUUUGAUUGCUGCGCUUGUCGGCAUUCAUUCCGAGGACGAGUUAUUACCGCUGCUUGACGGGGCGGGGAUUGACCUCUCUGCCUUUGAGCGGAGAAAGAAGAUGAAUGGGUCGGAAGCGAAUUCGGAUUCUUCGUGGGUAGGGACGUUUUAUCGUCGGAUGAAACGACUGUUCAGGGAAGGAUAUCUGUUUGAUGUCGCUGUUUUAGAGGAGUGUGUGAGGGCCAACGUGGGAGAUCUGACGUUUGAGGAGGCGUAUGCGCGCUCAAAGCGCAUCUUGAAUAUCACUGUUGCGACAACGGGAAAGAACGGGACACCGAAUCUAUUGAACUAUCUCACAGCGCCUAAUGUGCUUAUUUGGUCGGCUGCUGUGGCCUCUAAUGCAUCAUCUUCUGCGGCCCUUUAUUCCCCAGUCACAAUCUACUGCAAAGACGAAAUGGGAUCUAUAGUCCCGUGGCCCCAUACCCAAGACGCUAUUUUCCGUCCAUGGCGACAUGUCAACUACAACGAAGGAGAAUCGCCUCUUUCACGAAUCUCCGAACUUUUCAACGUUAACCACUUCAUCGUCUCACAGGCUCGGCCAUACCUUGUUCCCUUCCUGCGGUCAGAGCUCAAUCUUUUGGACAGGCGACAGACAGGCUGGAACAAUCUUUCCCGCUCGGCCACACGGCUCAUAAUCGUGGAACUCCGUCACCGACUUAGGCAAUUGGAUUACUUGGGUCUCUUGCCUUCGCCACUCAAUAGACUGCUCAUUGACGAAACGAUCCCGGGGCCUAAUUUGACGCUCGUUCCGGACCUGGAUUUCUGGGAUCUCAGAAAACUGUUCCAGAGUCCAACGAGAGAGCGUGUUGCGGAGUGGUCGCUCAAAGGAGAGCGAGGGGUAUGGCCUGCAGUGAGUGCGUUGAAGGUUAGAGAGGCCGUAGAGAUUGAGUUAGACAGGGGAUAUCAACUUGUCAGGAGGAGAAGGCCAAGCGAUGCUUCGGUAUCCGUGCCUAAACAGUCUAAUCUUAUGAAUGAGGGGGUCCCUCGAAGGAGGAAGGGCAGUGAUAACGAGGAGGGGAUUCUUGCCGAUCGAGAAUAA